ACCAACCCACCGCGAAAACACCAAACCACCCCAACAAAGGCGCCAAAACCACCAGAACCGCCAAACCAACACAACAGCACAACACAACAACACACCAAAACAACAACACACCAAAACAACAACACAACAAAAACAAAACAACCAACCAAAGCCACCACCAACCACCACCAACCACCAACCAAACAACCGACCCCCCGCCAUGCUCCGCGCAGACAGCCUACGAAGGCCGCUCUACCCCAUCGUCUUCUUGGGCCUCACGCUCGUGUUCCUCACUGCACACUUGUACGCCCAGCGCCCCGCCGGCGCCGCCGACACCAGCUCCUGCAAGCCCGUGUACAUGUACCCCUCGUACGCGCGCAUCAAGGCGUUCGACGAGUCCCACUCCAAGUACGCGGCCAAGUACUCGCUCUACCUCUACCGCGAACAGGGCAAGGACGCCGUGCCCGGCGCCGUGGGCGCGGGCCUCGGCACGCUCCGCGGCGUGCCCGUGCUCUUCGUGCCGGGAAACGCCGGGUCGUACCGCCAGGUGCGGUCGCUAGCCGCCGAGUGCGCCGCUCUCCACCACGACGCCAACAUCGACGUGGUGCACAACGCGCGCGGCCGCAGCCUCGACUUCUUCGCCGCGGACUUCAACGAGGACUACACCGCGUUCCACGGCCGCACGUUGCUCGACCAGGCUGAGUACUUGAACGCGGCCGUGCGCUUCAUCUUGCUGUUGUACGCGCCGGCCGCCGACGCGCCGGCCGCGGUGAUGCUCGUGGCCCACUCCAUGGGCGGCGUGGUGGCACGCGUCAUGCCCACCUUGGCGUCGUGCCCGCGCGGCUCCAUCAGCACGCUCGUGACGCUCGCGGCGCCGCACGCGGCCGCGCCGUUGACCUUCGACGGCGACCUCUUGAGGCUCUACCUGGCCGCGGACCGCGUGUGGCACGCGGCGUUCGCCGGCUCCGCGCCGGCCCACGCGUGGCUCCGCGACGUGGCCGUGGUGUCCAUCACGGGCGGCGCCGCGGACGCGAUCUUGCCCGCGGACUACACCUCGCUCGGCGCCGUGGUGCCGGCCUCCAACGCGCUCACCGUGUACACCUCCGGCAUCCCCGGCGUGUGGACGCCCAUGGACCACUUGGCCAUCGUGUGGUGCCGCCAGCUCCGCCGCAGCGUGCUGCGUGCGCUCUUGCAGAUCGUCGACGCCGCCUCGCCGCUGCGUGUGUGCCCGCUCCAUGACCGCAUGGCCGUGUUCCGCCAGAACCUCCUCUCGGGGUUCGAGGCCGCGCCCGAAGGCUCGCGCGCCGGUCGGGAGGCGCUUUUCUCCCUCCGCUUCGACGUGCAAGACGCCGUGCUCCACAGCGGCGCCACGGCCAUCUGGAAGUCCUCCGCGCCGGUGUCCCCUCGCGCCCUUGCCUUCAGCCUCUUGCCGCUCACGGCCGCGUCCACCGCGCUGCUCCUCACCGACACGGCGCCGCCCGCCGGCGACCCGCUCGCGCAGAUCCGCGCGGCGCCCCACUGCGUGUUCUUGUGCAAGAAGCGCGGCGCCGCGGCCGCCGACGCGGCCCCCGCCGUGGACCUCACGGGGCCCGCCACCAAGGAGUUCAUGGAGUUGCUGUGCGCCAGCGCGGCCGCCCGCUACAACGAGAUCCCCAAGUCGUCUGCGCACGUGGCCUCGCUCGAGGACUCGGCGUUCGACGGCGGCGCCGCGCCGUUCUGGGCCGCGCACCUCUCCUCCGACGACGUCCGGGACUUCGACACCUUGUUGGUGGUGUCCAACCGCGAGCACGCCGGGGCGCACGACGGCUUUAUGGUCGCGCAGACCAGCGCCAGGGACGCCUCCACGUACGUCGUGGGCACGGACAUGCUCUCGCUCAUCACCAGGGGCGCCGACGUGUCCUUGCUCGCCACGCGCCCGCUCGCCGUCAAUCUCAACGUGCCUGGCGCCUGGUCCAGUCUCUUGGCGUACAGGGUGGACCUCAAGGAGACCAGCGGGCCCCUCUUCGAACCGUUCAUCCGCCAGUGGGUCGAGGACCCCUACGAAACAAAGUGGCUCAUCAAGUUGCGCGGCCGCUCCACGCUUCUGGUCACCAUGCACGGCGUGGCGCCCUUCACGCCCUUCCCGAGCUACAAACCUGGCCUGGGCUUGAACUUGCAGCUCUGGUCCGACCCGCAAGGCGGCUGGUCCGACGACAACGUCGCUGCGGUCGAGUUGGCCAUCUCCGUCGACUGGCUCGGCAGCCUCAGGCUCCUUGUUGUGCGCUACCGCCUCGCGGUCGUCUCCCACUGCCUCGCCGUCACUGUGUUGGUCGCAAUACUCCAGUUCCGCAAAUACAGCGUCUCCGGGAGGUUUCCCGACUACGUGUAUGGACUAUCCAGUGUCUGCAGCGUGCAGAUCUUUGUCCCCACGCUCUUGGCAUUGUGGGUCUUGUCUCCCGUCACUAAAAUCCGCGCUGUCCAGUAUGCGUUGAACCUCGUGGAUCCAGUCGUUCUCCAAGAUCCCAACGAGAUCAACUUGAGCAUACAAGAUGGCUACCGAUUGAACUCCUUCUAUCUCGGUUUGGAGGAGAACUGCUUGGCGUUCAUCGGGCCCAUGUUCUAUAUCAUGGCCAUCGGCAUCAACUUCUUGACUUACCACGCUCUCACCACCAUCGGUCUCCUCGUCGUGGGGUUGAUCAAUCCUGCCCCAAGGGGCAAAACCUGGGGAAAGAAGGUCGUUGCGUCUGCGGCUCUUCUCCUUCUCAUUCCUUUCUACCUUCCCUACCAAUUUGCAUACGUCAUAUCAUUCGUCAUUCACACAACCACGUGCAUCAAAAUUCUACUUGACAAUCCCUCGAGGUCGUGCUGGAACUUCAACAUGAGCAUAUUGAUGAUGAUGGCAUGGGUGCUUCCCAUCAACAUACCCGUGUUGAUUGUGUUCGUGCACAAUCUCAACGUCAGUUGGGCUACGCCUUUUUCGUCGCAUCACAAUUUCCUCGCGGUGGCUCCGGUUCUAACGAUGGUCGAGCUUUGCAGCUACUUCGGGAACUCGCUUCCAUUGGGAAGUGACACGGGCGACAAGGCCAAAGACCGCUGGAUCAGCAAAAUCUCCUUUGUGAGUCUUGCUUACUUGGGGGUUUAUUGCAUCGUCUACGGGACUCGCCAUACGUUUUGGCUUCAUCACUUGUUCAAUUUCUGGUGCUGUUCAGUCUGUCUCAUGGUGAUAAACUACUUCAAUGGCGAUGUCCCCGAAAAAAUCAAAUGAUUCACCUCUUUUUUAAACAGUCAACAUCGCAAUCCCUUAAUAAAUAAAUCUGCAUUACCCAAU